CCGCUCCUCUCCCUCCCUCCCCGGCCUCCUCCCGCCGCAGGCUUCCACGGCGCAGGCCCGCCGCAGCGCAGCCGCUCUGAGCCUCUAUUGAUGGAAGAACACGGCGUGACCCAAACAGAGCACAUGGCCACCAUCGAGGCCCACGCAGUGGCCCAGCAGGUGCAGCAGGUCCACGUGGCCACCUACACGGAGCACAGCAUGCUGAGCGCGGACGAAGACUCGCCGUCUUCCCCCGAGGACACCUCCUACGAUGACUCUGACAUCCUCAACUCCACGGCCGCCGACGAGGUCACGGCGCACUUGGCCGCCGCAGGCCCCGUGGGGAUGGCGGCAGCUGCUGCGGUGGCAACGGGUAAAAAACGAAAGCGACCCCACGUUUUUGAAUCCAACCCGUCGAUCCGCAAGAGGCAGCAGACGCGUUUGCUACGGAAGCUCCGAGCAACGCUGGAUGAGUACACCACCAGAGUGGGGCAGCAGGCCAUCGUUCUGUGCAUCUCACCCUCCAAACCCAACCCCGUCUUUAAAGUAUUUGGAGCUGCGCCCUUAGAAAAUGUGGUACGCAAGUACAAGAGCAUGAUUCUGGAAGACCUGGAGUCUGCGCUAGCGGAGCACGCUCCCGCGCCUCAGGAGGUUAACUCGGAGCUGCCACCCCUCACCAUCGACGGCAUUCCUGUCUCAGUGGACAAGAUGACCCAGGCGCAGCUGCGAGCUUUCAUCCCGGAGAUGCUGAAAUACUCCACGGGUCGUGGCAAGCCAGGCUGGGGCAAGGAGAGCUGCAAGCCCAUCUGGUGGCCCGAGGACAUCCCGUGGGCCAACGUCCGCAGCGACGUCCGCACGGAGGAGCAGAAGCAGCGGGUGUCGUGGACCCAGGCGUUGCGGACUAUCGUGAAGAACUGCUACAAGCAGCACGGCCGCGAGGACCUGCUCUACGCGUUCGAGGACCAGCAGACGCAGCAGCAGACCACGACCACGCACAGCAUAGCGCACCUGGUGCCGUCACAGACGGUGGUACAAACCUUCAGCAACCCCGAUGGCACCGUGUCCCUCAUCCAGGUUGGCACCGGUGCUACAGUGGCCACGCUGGCUGAUGCCUCCGAGCUGCCUACCACGGUCACCGUCGCACAAGUCAAUUAUUCCGCGGUGACUGACGGAGAGCUUUUAGAGAGGUUUGCAAGGGAAUACCGGAGAGAGCCUCAUAAAUGCACAUUAUUUGAGGCACCAUGA